AUGCAAUUUCCAACAGCAAAACUUCUUAUCACUGGAAUUUUUGUGGUACUUGGAGGUGGAUUUAAUUUUGGUUUUCAAGUAUCAAUUAUUAAUCCGAUGGGUAAACUAUUGCAACAAUUUCUAGUACAAUCUUUAGAAAGUCGUUAUGGUAUAGAAUUUUCGGAAUUAUCGAUACGAUUAUUUUGGUCAUUUGUUGCUGGUAUUCUAUUCAUUGGAGCAAUCAUCGGUGCUACAGUAAUACCACCGGUGAUUAAGCGUAUUGGUUCACGACGGUCAUUUAUGGUUAUUGGCAUCUUAAUGAUUAUUGCUCUUUUCCUUUCACCCUUAUCACAAUAUACAAAUAUUGCGGAAUUAUUCAUUCUUUCACGAUUGAUUGUUGGCAUUUGUGUUGGAAUGUGUACUACUGUACAAGGUGUAUUCUUGACUGAAAUUAGUCCAGUUUGUUUUCGUGGCCUAAUGGGAACAUUAACUGGCCUAUUCACUAAUAUUGGUGCAUUACUAGGAUCAAUGAUUGGUUUACCACAAAUUUUUGGAAAUAAAAAUUUAUGGCCUAUUGGUUAUUAUGUGGAAAUGAUUCCAUGCUUAAUGUUUAUAUGCUAUUCGAUUUUUAUCCUUCAUGAAAGUCCAUUAUAUUUUUUAAAACAAAUGAAUGUAAAUGCAGCAAAAGAAUCGAUUAAAUUUUACAAUAAAAGGAGAAAUAUUUGUCAAAUAGAUGAAGAAAUUUCAAAAUUAACAAUAUCUCAAAGAAAUAUGGAAAGCCAACUAAAAGAUAUUAAUUGGAUGAAACUUUGGCAUGAUAGGGCAACUCGUCGAGCGUUAUUUCUCUCGGUACUUUUGAAUUGUGCGGUAAGUUUUAGUGGUAUUAUGGCGAUGGUAUUUUUUGGCACUGCACUACUGGGCGCUAUUGGUUUCACAUCAACUGAUGCAUCAUUGGCAAAUUGUGUUGCAGGAUUAUCUGGUACCAUUGGGAUUCUUAUUCAAGCUAUCACUAUUGAUAAGAUUGGCCGUCGUUCUUUACUUCUUGGAAGUUUGAUUAGUUUAACAUUGGUAAAUAUUGGAAUGAUGAUACUAGUUUGGAUCUUUGGCCAAUAUCAUUACUCUUGGCUUGGCUAUUGCUUUCUCUUUCUCUUUACAUUAUUCCUAUUCCUUUUCAGUAUCGGUAUUGGUCCAGUUGCAUGGUUUAUUGCUACCGAAUUAGCCGAACCAUACUGUCGUGCUCAGGUACAAUCAUUGUCUAUUUCGGCACAAUAUAUCACCUGUUUCCUGUGUCCAGUUAUAUAUCUACCACUGGAGAAAUUAAUCGGACCACUCAGUUUCCUGAUUUUUAUCACUCCUCUAAUCAUUACAACUUUUUGCAUCUAUUAUUACAUGCCGGAAACUCGUAAUCGUAAUCCGGAAGAAAUUUAUCAUUUGUUAGAAGGCAAAAAAUAA